AGAAGAAUAGGAAAGACAAGUUUGCUUUAGUUGCCAAAAAGGUCAAAGGUCAACAACAGAGAAAACGAAAACUCACUUAUCAGUUAGGACAACAGGUGACAGGUGUGGUAUAGACUCAAAGCAUGUUUACAGAAGCUCCACAUACACUGUUACAGAUUUAUUAAAGUUAAACAAAGAUGCAUUUUACCAGAAGUAGUAGUUACAGAUGUAUAAAAUUACAUAUGUAAUCCAAACUGUGCCUUUAAAGAAAAACAGAUAAAAGAACUUACUACAGAACAACAAUUUACAUUUAAAAACAUCCAGGGUGGACCGCAAAGUAAAUUAAAAUCGGGAAAGAGGCCCCCAUGUAUAUAAAGGAAUAUAACAGAUGAGGUACAGCAACAUAAAUACAAUAAAUAAUUCAUGACAAACCUUUAAAAACAUAUUUAUUUGUUAUCUAGUUAUACAGAAUAGUGACAGAAAAGAACAAAACAAGAAGAAACAAUCACGAGUAGUAGCAUAAUAGUCUUUUUCUUUCUCAUAAGUAAUCAGCGAAUUAGACAGCGCCCUCUACUGGCUCAUCACUGUGACAUCACGUAUUCACUGUGGUAUCGUCAUCAGAGAGCGACAAUAUACGUUUUCUACUUAAAAUGAUGUUAACGCUAGGCAUUUUUUUUUUCUAAGAUGUGAUUCUAGAAAUUAUUUUGUUAAUAUUUUAAAAGUCUUCUUUCUCGUAAAAUACCCUCAAGAUACAAAAUAAAAGUCCCCGGAAGUCCAUUCUCAGGUUGAAAACACAUGGCUCCUCGUCGUGUCUGAAGCUCAAUAAUGCCAAAACUCUUCGAUAUUAAGUUUCCAGGAGAAUGUAAGACUCUUCCCGAAGGCUUCUGGUCAGCUAUAGAUGUGUGGAUAAAGAAACCUCACGUCGUAAACAAGCGUCUUUGCGGGGUUAAAGAGACGGAGAGUAAAGACGUGGACGGAGAGGAUGUUCGGCUCCUGCUGGAUGAUGAUCCAGUUUCUGAACUCUCUCGUGAUGUGUUGUUCUUCCUGACCCGCGAGGCGUCGCCUGCACAGACACACGAAAAGGACAAACCCUGGUCCUCCACUGUCAGGACGUUUAUUCCUAAAGUAAACAGUUAUGGGGCAAACCUGCAUAAAGAAGUUGUACUCAGAGACUUCAGCAGACAACAAGUGACCUUUCUUCCAUUGGAAGAGGAUGCAGGGGGGAGAGUCUCUCUAAAGAAGGGCAACAUUUAUCAGAUUCAGCUCCACAAUCAAGACUGUGAAGAAUGGUCAUUGGAGCUGCACAUUUUGUCUCCAGAUGCCUGGUUCUCCGAUGGCGUGGCGUACCCCAGGCUGCCCUGGCUGUCCUCAGAUCUGCUGCCUAAACUGGUGCGAUGGGCCACUGAGUGCAAGAGCAGCGAGUUCAAGAGCACCUUGUCUCUGCUGCCGGUGGAGAAGUAUAGCCUCAUGUACCAGCAGCUGAAGGACAAGUACAAGGCCAUGGUGAAGGUUUGGCCUGAGGUGACAGAUCCUGAGAAGUUUGUCUAUGAGGACGUUGCCAUUGCUACAUAUCUCCUGGUGCUGUGGGCUGAGGAGCGAGCAGAGAAAGGUCUCACUGCCAGACAGUCCUUUGUGGACCUCGGCUGUGGAAACGGCCUCCUGGUUCACAUACUGACCAAUGAAGGGCACCCUGGAAAGGGAAUCGAUGUUCGGAGGAGGAAGAUCUGGGACAUGUAUGACCCCCAGACUCAGCUAGAGGAAAAGGCAAUUACUCCCAGUGAGAGCUUCUUAUUCCCGGGUGCGGACUGGCUGAUUGGGAACCACUCGGACGAGCUCACACCGUGGAUCCCUGUUAUAGCAGCCAGGUCGUCUUACUCAUGCCGGUACUUUGUUCUCCCCUGCUGUUUCUUUGACUUCUUUGGAAAAUACCAGAGACGCCAGUGUAAGAAGUCUCAGUAUAAAGAAUACAUCGAUUUCAUCACUGAGGUCAGCCGAGUCAGUGGCUUCAACACUGAAGAGGACUGCCUGAGAAUACCGUCUACCAAACGGGUGUGUUUGGUUGGAAAGUCGAGAAACUACCAGCUACCUGACGAGGCCGAGGCAGAGCAACGAAGAGCUCAUUACAUCCAGAGCCGACAGACCACAUCUGGGGUCGCAGCUCAAGGGUCAGGCAUCAGAAAUGAUGGGGGCUGUUGCCAUGGGAACGCAGACAGCAGCCGGACCCCCGGGAGCGACUGGGGAGCCGGGUUCCAGCCCAGAGAAAAGGUUGAAGUGGUUCGAAACUGCGCUGCUCUCCCCCGGGACUUUGUUGACGGCGUUGUCCUGCAGGUUGCCAAUGUUCUUCUGGGAAUGACGGAGGAUGACGGCGGGGGGUCCUCCAGUGACUGGAACCAAGGAGGCAGUCUCUCUGUGCGCGAGGUCGCCGGGCUGUUGGAGCAGCGAACCCUGCAGCUCCUGAAGAAGGAGUGUGGAGGCCUUCAGACGCUGCUCAAGAACAACCAUCAAGUGUUCAGAGUGGAGGGAGGGAGGGUGUAUAUAAGGGACUGGCGGGACGGGACGUCCUCCAGGGCAGACGCCAAGAGGAAGCCUGUUGCUCCCGGCGCCCUGAAAACUCGCCCCUGCUGGUUUCACGCCCACCACCCUCAGGGCUGCCCCCUGCAGGCCGAACACUGUGCCUUCGCCCACGGACCGGAUGACCUCCGACCCUCAAACAGACCUCUGAAGAAGUUAAAAAAAUGAUGGUUUUUGAUUGGAUUAUUCCUCCUGAACACUUAAGUUGAUUUUUUUUUUUUUAUUCUUUAUUUUUAAAUUGUUUCCACCAGUGCAUGAACCUCUGAGUUAAAACAACUGAAUUUUGGCGAUUAACUAGAUUUCUAAUGAACAGUAAGCGCUCUGUCCGUCAAUGGAUGGACCUGCUGUGCUUGUCCAGUCCUGCAGCCACACAGAGGGAAGUUUUGGUCCGAGCCAUGUGGGUUUUAUUGAUGCGAUGUUGCAUCAUUUCUGGGAAUUGAGGUCUCGAAAUUUCACAGUAUCCUCUCUCUUCUGUGUGAGGUUGCCAAAAUGUGACUCUUCCUGGUGAAGCUUCAGGUUUCGCCGUCGGAGCUCGCUGGCACCUCUGGGUUAUCCGCAGCAAAUUUAACUUCAAAGGAUUCCUCUGCCUUUCUUUUUAUUUAUUUAAGAAGUGGACUUUUGUAAAGUCCAGAAAUCUGGACUUACUGCAUAUUAAAGUGGAAUUCAAGCAA